AUGGCUCCCGGUUUGAGGAGUGGGCAAACAGGUCAUCCCGAGGAGGUGGUGGGAGCCGGCGGAGCGGACCUCGCUGCCGCCGGUGGUCACUCGCCUCGAAGGACGGAUACCGGAGGAGAGCGGAGGUGUUUGAGGACCAAUCGGCGAGUCGGUGCAGCGGGGAUGCUUGCAAACUGUCUGCUGUCUGCGGGGACGUUCUUACUUCUUGUCCGGUGCGCUUUGGCCGCAGAGGAGAAAACCACCUAUGAUGCCUCUGGCUCCUCGUCUUUACCAAGUGACCCCACAGUCACACCUGCUCCUUCUCAUCCAUUGGCCAACAUGUUGGUGGCAGAGGAGGUGCCUUUUUCAGUCAUCCACUCAGAUGGUGACUCUGAGUCUGAGGGGGGAGGUUUAUCAGGCCAGCCUGCCUUUUCGUCUGUCUUAACCGUCAUGGCAGGGACUGUCAAACAUCCAUUGAGUCUCUCUCAAAGCAGAACCUCACCGACUAUCACCAGGGACGAGACCCACACCACCCAAUGGCCUUUACAUAGUUCCAGCCAGGGCUCAGAGAUGUCCUCUUCCUCCUUGUCUUCUGUGGGAGCUAAUGGAAACCAACCUGACAGCUCAGAGGCGGGGUGGGAUGAUUUAACUGCUGAAACACCCAGAGCAGUUGCACCUACUCUCCCCAAAGAAAAAGAGGCCAGUCUAGCCCCCUCUCAAUCAGCCAGAACUGAUCUUUCUGCUGGGCCCACCGAGAGGACAUCUCAGGUAUCACCUCUGACCCCUCGACAGGACACCACAACAGCCUCUGUGAAGCUUACCACCACGACUCUAGCUUCAACCACUGAAUCUAAAAACCCCACCAUUACCAUCCCUUCCUUAAGAGUCACCACGCAGUCAACUACUACAACCACACCACAGCCUGCACCUGCGACCAGGAGAACCACCACCACAACUGUUAGGGCUCCAAUUAGCAGGCGAACGCUCACACCACCUGUCCAGAGGAUGACACCAUCCAGGGGGGCCACCACCAUCUUUAUCUCCCCUUUCACCACCACCACGGAAGCUCCACCACAACAGUGCAACAUUACAGAGAGAAUGUGGGUGCGAACAGUUGUCUCUAUCUAUGUGAGAAGGAACAGACUGGACAGCAUCCAGAGACAGAAUCUGCGCAGGGGAUUAAGUCAAGGCCUCCGAAAAGCUCUGAAUGAUAGUUCAGUCCAGGCACAGGUCGAGACUGUUUUUGGUUCUCCUAACAUGACGGUGGCUUAUCAUGUGACUGGAGGGGACAUGGUUUACCCCCCUUCUGUGGUGCUAGAUGGUUUGGGCUCCUAUGGCCGUGAUAAGCUGAUUGCAGACCUACGACAGUACCUCCCCAUGGUAACAGCCCUGCCCCUCCCAGCUGCAUUAUGGAGACCCAGCCCAGCCCCUGGCUUCCAGCUGAAAACAGUUUUGCAGUUUGUGGGGGCAGGUGAUGAUCCACGUUCUUGUCGAUUCUCUCAAAUGAUGGAGCAGAGGCUUGAGAAGGUGUUUUCUGAAGCACAGGCCAAAGUGCUCAACAUCAAAAGCAGACUCUCUGCUCAGAUGCUGAGUGUCACCCAGGCAGCAGGCUCUCCCGCUGUAUCGUUGAUCUACACUGUGAAGAAUGGGACUGUCUUCCUUAAUGGUACCACUGCCUCAAACCUCCUUGGUCAGCUGUCAGCGGAGCUGGUGGGCUACUUCCUCUUCUAUCCACCACUUGUCAUUGCUGAGCCACUGGAGUAUCACAAUCUGAACACCUCAGUCGCUACCAGAGACUUCUGGGUUAUUACAGUGAUCCAGGACGUGGACAAUGCCAGCCUCGAGGGACAGUACCAAAGCUUUGCCAGUCUAAUGGAGCUGCGGCUGGCAGAGUUGUUUGUGCUGGCAGGGCAGCACGGCACUCGUUUCAGACGAGCUACCACUGUAGGCAGCUACACUGUCCAGAUGGUGAGUGUCCGUAGGGUGUCAGGGUUGAAGAAUCCAGCAGAGAUGACUUACUAUGUCCAGCACAAUGGCGUUCCUUUAGCGGGGACGUCAGCUGCCAAGGUCCUGAAUACAGUGGAUUCUCAGACCAUGGCACUCACCCUGGGCUACUUUGUCCAACUGCAAGCAGAACCUGUGGUCAAAAACCCUCCUAAUAACCUCUGGAUAAUCGCUGCAGUGUUGGCCCCCAUUGCUGUAGUAACACUCAUUAUCAUCAUAAUCACAGCUGUGCUGUGCAGGAAGAACAAAAAUGACUUUAAAGCUGAUGCCAUCGGCAACCUCAAUCCACGAGCUAAGAUGGCGUAUCGCAGAGAUGUGGGUUAUUAUCACCAGCCAGUGCAGGGCUUUGACUAUGCCAAGCAGCACCUGGGCCAACAGGGAGGAGAUGAGGAGACCCUGCCUGCCAGUCAGGAUACCUUAGUGAUGUCCCUACAUAUUCGGGACACACCCCUUUCACUGGAGAAGGCCCUGCAACAGGAUGGCACGGCCAACAAGAAGAGCCUCACUGCUGACAAACACAAAAGCAAGUUGCUGAGUGAGGAUGGUUCCGUCAUCAGCAACGAAUCAGAGAAGCUGAAUUCCGGCAGGGGCUUGACAGUGCCGAAAGUCACAGCACAGCAGAAACUGACAAAGGAGGAGACGCGCAAGAGGGACGAUCCAUAUGACACCUCCUCUGGCUCCCUGCAGCUCAUUUCCAUAAAGCCCAUGGCAGCUCAGCCCAACUGCUCACACCCUGCAUCCUCUGACCGCAGCCAAGACUCAGUUGUCGUCAAUGGAGAGGUGAGCCUGGCUCUGAAGCAGAAGUCAGACAUUGAGCACUACAGGAACAAGCUGAGGCUAAAGGCUAAGAGGAAGGGCUAUUAUGAUUUUCCUUCCACAGACGGCAGCAGCAGCGGUCGGGCACUGGCGCACAGACAGCGGCACUGCCAUGAGAGGGCAGCCGGUGAGCAUGGCAGACCAAUGGAGCCUGAUGAUGAGCGAGGUUCCACUUAUGUCAAGUCUCACAGGAGGCACUCCCAGGUAGGGCAGACAGCCUAUCGCAGCAGACAGAGCUUGAGUAGCCCAAGUCCUGGAGGAACAGAGAUGGACCUGCUUGUGAUGAGGGAGAGACCGAGGAGAGGCAUCCGCAACAGUGGCUAUGACACUGAGCCUGAGUUGAUUGAGGAGACGAAUGUUGACCGUUUAAUGGGUCAUCGGGGGUACAUGUAUGGCCGUGGCUUGAAAGGACACUCAGAGACAUCCACUCUGAGCUCACAGCCAUCCAUUGAUGAAGUACGUCAGCAGAUGCACCUGCUGCUGGAGGAGGCAUUCAGUCUGGCUUCAGGAGGGCAGUCUACAUCCGGAAGGCACUCCCACCACCACCCACCUCCUGACCACUACAGCCCCGCACCGCCUCCCCUCCCCUACACAGAUGUAGUGACCAGCGCUCCAGGCACAAUGAGCUGUGGACGGGGAGGACUGCAGUGGGUACCAUCUUAUGGUGCAGAGCUGUAUCAGUGCAGUCUGCCCAAACCAGCCUUUCGCUUCACCCAGCUCCCUGACAUGGCAAUGAGCUCUCCUCCCCCUUUACCACCUCGCACUGGACCUCCUCCUGGGACCUCCUUAAAGCGUUCCACUUCUGACUUGGGGCCUAAGGGAAGGAACUCUGAGACAUCUGUCACUGAAAUGCAGAGUCAACAUGACAACAACCCAUAUGGGCCAACAGCUAGAGCAGCACUUCCAUCUAUCACUGCAGAGCAGCCUGUGUCCAACUACUCAGGAAACCCAAUAACAGCUGUCUACGCAAUCCCAGCCACCAGGCCUGGAUACUCAGAAUAUUUUGUCUCCACACCAACCACCUCCUAUCACAGUCCCUCCUGGAUGUCCUACCCACCUGAACCUGAGGAUGUGCCACCACAGUGGGCAGACUCUGUGCCCCUGCCAGGGUAUGUAGAGGCUUUUCCUCAUCCUCGCUACCCACAGGGGAGCCCCACCAGACUCCCUUUGCAGUAUAACCAGGCACUGGAGCAGCUACCCACUGCCCCUAGCACAGCACCCCAGCAAAGCCUGCCCCAGGUGGUCAAGAACAUGGACAGCAUGCCCCUGAGCAGCCUCUCCACCUCUGCACUUGUGCAGGCUAUCCGGCAGGAGGUGGCCAAGCUGGCGAAGAAGCAGAAUGACAUGUUUGAGUUCUAG